AUGGCUACGUGUCUGACUUCGAGGAAGUCGAUAUACACCGAGGCGGCAAAAUUGUCCUUGAACAAAUGUGGCGUCAUCAGCCCUCAUUUCAACGUCCGACUGGAAGACCUGGAGAAAUGGGGUGUCCGACUUCUGCCUGCCCGCCAGUUCGGCCAUGUCGUGCUCACCACGUCCGCCGGUAUCAUGGAUCACCACCAGGCUCGCAGAAAGAACACCUCGGGCAAGAUCCUUGGGUACUUUUACUAG